UUUCUAGCAGUUUCCCCAUGAAAGUGACAGUGAGAGAGGUUUUUUUCAACAGAGAAUUUGCAGGAUCUCAGAAAAUACCAAUUUUAGUUAAUUUCCGUGCCAGAUUUAUUGCCAAAAAUACUAGAAAUACUUUCAUUUGGUGCAUAAGUAAUGGCCACGACAAAAAUGAGAAGUCUGGGUAGUGGGUGUCUCAGUCAAAUCACAACAAUCUUCCUUGAUUUGGACAAUACACUCAUUCCCACAAGAAAGGCAGAUGCGAAAGCCUGCAACAAGCUCGUAGAUUUCCUUCAGGAGGAACAUGGGAUGAGCCGUGAGGCUGCUCUUGUGUCCACCUCAACGUUUCUACGUACUUUUCGUCGCUGUCCAGACAAUGAGGAGCUUCCGCUUGAAGAAUGGCGCUGCCAUUUGUGGUCAGAGGCCCUUCCGGAACCUUUCAAAUGUCUCAGUAGCGAAGUGUACCGUACAUGGUUACAAUUGAGAUUGCGCUAUAUGGCACCCACCGCAGAAAAUGUAAAACUCCUUGAAUCCCUGAGAUCAAACUUCAUUUUGGCACUUAUCACAAAUGGACCGAGUGCAGCUCAAUGGGAGAAGGUGAAUCGAUUGAAUCUAGCAAAAUACUUUGACUGUAUCUUAGUGUCUGGCGAUUUGCCGUGGGAGAAGCCCGAUGCCCGAAUUUAUCAUGCUGCCUGCAAUUUGUUGAGUGUUCAAGCACAUCAGUGCAUCAUGAUUGGGGACAAAUUAGAGACUGACAUUCAGGGUGGUAAAGAGGCAAAAUUGGGGGCAACCUUUUGGCUUCCCCUAACAAGUGCCGAACGUGCUGAACCACAAGUGGGCCUCAUGCCUGAUUUUACCAUCCACAAUCUGUCGGAUAUCCUGGCUGUUUUGCCGUGCGGGGGGAAGACGUGUGGACGCUUCCCAGCCUCAAGAAACCGAUGUUCUUCCAUUGGAACAACCGGAAGUGGUGCCAUGAGACGUGCCCGUGUGCCAUACAAUCGAAGAGUGGCAUCUCUACCAGAUUUGGACAAUUGCAACAGUAACAGUUCAGAUGGAAGCUGAUGCAGUAGUAAAAGGACAUCAUUCCUCAUAGAACUCUUCAUGACUAUGAAAAAAUUUCUAUUGAUAUAAGUUGACGUGCAAAUUAGAGUUCGUUAGUGUGAGUUGUGUUCUUCUUUUCUGAUAUUUAAUAAGUGUUUCUUUUUUGAGGUUUAGUUACAAAUAUAGGGAUUGAUUUUAAUUGAAAUUUUUUAACUGAAACCAAAGUGCAAAUUACUGAUUUUUAAAACUAAAAGUACCAGAAACAAAUGAUCUUCAUUUGAUAGAUUUUGACUAGGGAAUGUAGAUUUUUUUUUUAAAUAGAAAACUAGCUGAUGUUUCUUAGUUUAAAUAGUUUUUUUUGUUUUGUUUUGUACCACCUCUGUUGUAUUAAAACUCAAGUACAAAUUUCAGGAUAUAAUCUAAACUCAGAACUAGACUUUAUUAAAAAAAAGCAAGUAAAAUAUUUGCCUGACGGAAUGACAAAAUACUUCAAAUUUUGUGAUGUUUCUUCAGUCUGAUUUAGUAGUGUUGUAAAGAGAAUGAAACAACUAGAAUUUAGAGAGAGUAUUUUUUUUAAGGAAUACACAUAAAUAUCAACCAAUAAAAUAACAUAGGGUGCUAGUUGUGAGAUAAUAUCAAUGAAAAAAAGUUGAAAAAAUGAAUCUUAUUGUGUAAAUAUUUUAUAAAUAAUUUGUCUCUAUCGAGUGAUUUGCUAUUUUGUGUAGAAGAUCUUGCAUUAUUUUCAAUUAAAUGCAAUUGAUAUCGAUGUGACUAAAUACCUGAGAAGGAAAAAAUAAAACAAAACCUCAAAUUGUGGAUCGAAUGGCAAAAAAUUUAUAAGAAAAAUAGAAAAAAGUGUAAUAUAGCUUAAAAAUAAAGUAAUGAACAAUUUGCAAA